CAAUUAUCCAAUUUGCUGGUUCUUGUGCCUGUUCCCGAUAACUAGGUACAGUACUAGGAAAACUAGUACCUGACCUGAUCUCGAAACUAAACUUCAAGAUCAGAUGGGAAGAAACAGCUUACUACAGACAUCGGACCGGACGGCAUCUUGAACCCUCCAAUCCAUUGUAACCGUCACAGUGUUGAUUCAGCCCCAGAGAGAAAGGCGGUUUAGGCACCCAAGCCGGCCUAAAUUUCGCGGAAUGCAGCCUGCAGUCUCUCUGUUUUCAACACGCUUCCGAUUUGUGUGCCGAAAGCAAACCUCUGUUCAACUGAUUGUUCUCUCCGCUCAAUUCUGGCCCUCCAGGAAGUGUCACCAAGCGACAGUAGCUGCCCUUAUUUUUAACCAUCUCAUACGCUGGAAAACCCACCUUGACGGCGGCUCGGGCUGUUCAACAUCUGUCAAAAAAAGGCGAAGUUUGGGCACCGAGAAGCAGCUUCCCCCGGAUCUAUCACUGUAUUCAUCACAGUUGCAACCACAGGAAAUUCUGUCUGGACCACUGGGGGAGGACAGGAUAGCUCAUGUGAUUGAUGAGCCUGUACAAUACCUAUUCAGAUUAUUGUCGGCGAAGAGGGUCUCAUCAUUACCGUUCACGAACAUGGACACCUAUCGGCCAUGGGACUGGCGCCAGCAAUGGGGGACGGGCUAUCCCCCUCCGAUACCGAACGAUAUGAAUUCGUUCGCCUACUUCAUCGACCCCAACUCCGGCCGGGGUCAGCCGGUUUCUCAACCCUGUGGCCCUUCAGGUAACCAGCCGCGUCUACAGGACGAUGGCCGAGAGCGACCCCAAGGGUUCUUCCAACACCCGUCACCAGGCUGGCCUGUCCCUCCCACCGGCCAACAACCCCAGCAGAACGACGUCCGGGCUCGGGGUAAAGAGCGGUACCUGACGCCCAGCCAAAGACGUAGACAGCAGAGACAGAGACGACGGGCCAACGAACAAUCGGGAGAACGACGGGCCCCUACCCCAUCUUGGUCAUUUACAGGGCAGGGGUCACUCCCUUUCCCCGUGGAUAACCCGAGCUUUGGCCCUUUUGCCUCCACCAGACCCAUGCGUCGGAACGACGCCCAUUUCCGCACCUCGUCCGAAGUCACUACCACAGCCGUCCUUCCUCCCCGGCCUGUACCACGCGGAAACGGACACCCACCACCCAACCAGGGAGACCGAGACCCGAUCACGCCGCCCUCCGCCGCCUCGGGCGGCAUCCCGGAGCCGACCGCGGCGUACCUAGUGCGCGCCUCCUUUGCCCCUAUGUUGCGGACAUCCCCGCAGCCGCUGCUGGUGGUGAUCGACCUCAACGGCACGCUGCUCCACCGCCCGCAAAAGCGAGCCGCCACCAAGUUUGUCGAGCGCCCCCUCGCGCGCGCCUUCCUGGAGCGCUGCAUCGACAAGCACCGCGUGGUGAUCUGGUCGUCGGCGCGACCCGAGAAUGUGCGGCACAUGUGCGCGCGGCUGCUGACUCCCGAGUACGCGUCGCGGGUGGUGGCCGUCUGGGGCCGCGACCGCUUCGGUCUCUCGCCGAGCGACUACAACCGGCGAACGCAGUGCUACAAGCGCCUCACGCGGCUGUGGGAGGAUUCCGUUGUGCGCGCGUCGCACCCCCUUGCCGAGCAAGGCGGCAUGUGGAAUCAGGGCAACACGGUGUUGAUCGACGACAGCGCUGAGAAGGCUCGCAGCGAGCCGCACAAUGCAGUGACGCUUCCCGAGUUUGUUGGGGAUAUGAAUGAGGAUCCGCAGGUCCUCACGCUGGUGGAGGAGUAUCUUGAGACGCUAGCCUGGCAGACGGAUGUCAGCACAUAUAUCCGGUCGCGACCGUUUGUGGUGGGACGCAGCGGAGCGGCAGUCGCUGUUCAGAAGGAGGGCUGAAACGGAGAUUGGUAGAAGGAGGAGGGAAUUGGGCUUUGUCAAUGCUCUCCAUGCGUUCAGGGGUCUUCAGGGUAUAGAAAGGACAAUGCUGGCUUGAUACCCCUUCUCAUACCACAAAGGAUUCAUAGAUCUCAUGUAGAUGUUAUGUAGAUCUCAACACGUCAACGUCA